GGACCUCCUUACUGCUGUGGAUGGCUGGGGGAAAAAUACACCCCGUCCCCCUGGAACACCACUUUUCUACAGAAACGCAUGAGCCGAAUGGAAAUAUUGACCCACUUGUUUGCUUUCUUCACCUAAACCGGAGGAACUGCGCAGGAAUUCCCGAGGAAGGGCGGUGCACUGAGGCCGAAUCCUAACCAGGAUCAGCUCCACAGGCAACGUUUGUGCUGAGCCAGUCCUUAUAACUUUUGCUUCACCCAAAUCUUGUUCCCCUCUCGGCUUUUCCCUGUCCGGAUCCUUCCUCUCGCCCAUCGGGGGCCGGUUCGCUUUGGCUCUCCGUCUUCUGCCCGAAGCCAUGAUGCUGAAUUCGGAUCAGACGGAGACCGAGCUGCAGCCCACGCAUUCGGAGACCGAGUCGGUCUUCAGCGACUGCGGGGGCGGCCGAAGCGUCCGGGUGGAAGAGGCGAACCCCCUCGGGACCUGCGGCCAGUCCCGGGUGGCCGAGGCUGGGGACGCCGUGAAAAAAGACCUUCAGCACCUCAGCCGAGAAGAGCGCCGGCGUCGGCGGCGUGCCACGGCUAAGUACCGGACGGCCCACGCCACGCGGGAGAGGAUCAGGGUUGAGGCCUUCAACAUGGCCUUCGCGGAGCUCCGGAAACUGCUGCCGACUCUCCCGCCGGAUAAGAAGCUGUCCAAAAUUGAGAUCCUGCGGCUCGCAAUCUGUUACAUCUCCUACCUGAACCACGUGCUGGAUGUUUGACUCUCUCUCUCUCUCUCUUUUUCUCUUUCUGGGUGCUAAACCCCAUAUCCAGACCCGUGUCUUGGAACUUGACAGGACCCAUUCUCUCCCUCGUUCAGUUUCCAGGCUCGAAUUCUCCCUGGACACAUUUCCUGGCUGCUUCACACGGGCAGGGACAGACAAGACGUGGCAGCUUCGCAGUUAGAAGCGGAGUGCCUUAAGAAGAAAAAGGCAUCUGAUUAUCAUCGGUGUGUGUGUGUUUCCUUUGCUUAUUGCAAUUAGCUUGCUUUCAUUUGGGGAUUAGUUGUCAAGGGCGAUCACUGGGCUUCGUUCUCACGUUCACUGAGCAAACACAGCUGUCUGAGGGGUGGGGUGGGGAGUUCUUUCUGGAGGAGCAAGGUUUUGUCACUUUCUAAUUGCAAAGCUGCUGUCUUGUCUGUUUCUGCCCUGAGCUGCCACUGCUUUCCCACUUUAUCUCCUGCCUGGAAUAUAGGACAGGUGUCUGGUUCCUUCAUGCAUUAGAAGAGGGUGGAAAUCUUCGGCUUUCUUCGGACUCUAAGAUUCUAUGAGGUAUCAUGCCUGACUCUGCCAUAUUUACUUACCCUGCCUCCUGGUGGAGUGCCAGAAAAAUGGCCCAUCGUCACUUGAAUCCGCCACCCUUCGCACUUCCACGCCGGAGUCUCAAAAGCAUCUGAGGUAUUACAACAACGAUCAAAUUGCUGUUUUACUUGAAGACGGGACUUUGAGGGAGCCCCAUGCAUGAAAUGGUUGGCCGCUUUCCCAGAAUGCUUUGCAGGGAGCGACUCUAGCCGGCCGAGUUUCAAGCUGGCUUGGAUUUCCAUCGUUCCUACUUCCUAAACAAUGUUUGAGGGUGUUAUGUAUGUUUAAACUCAUGCUCAAGGGGCACUUUUAAAUCUGUGUAUAUAGAUUUAAUUCAUGAAUCUAUGUCAAUGCAAAUGAUCAGGAUUUGUCUCCGGAGCUGGUUGUAGGGAGUCAGGCUAAAUCCCAGCUCCUAAGUAGAGUAGACCCACUGAAUCAAUGGGACGGAUAGCACCUCUGUCUCAUUCACACACUGGUUCUCCUCUAGUUGGAACAGAAAACAUAUCCUGGGUAAUCCAGUGUCUUAUGAUGAAGUUUCUUUAAGACACAACUUCCUUGAGGGGGGGGGCACUCAGGACUCUUCGACAGAGCAUUUUGGAUUUUUUUUUUAAAGUUUUCUUCUCUUUAAGAAAACCAAUUCUCUUUAGGAAAACCUUCAAGAAAUCUUUAGGAACUCCUUCAAGAAAGCUUUUUAAAUUUUUUAAAAUAUCCUCUUUUCUGCUGGAGCUUCUCUUUUGGGGUUUGUUUCAGUGCAAACGGACGCUUUCUGACCGGGUGGCUCUCCCCUGAAAAUCAGAAGUGUUUUAUUGCUAAAUGCUCUCCCCUCCUCGAGCAAAGCAAUACAAAUCAUUUCUGCCUUUGCAAAAACAAAAAAAAGUUGCAAAAGUUGCAGGAGGCGUUAGCGUACGAAGCGAGACAAGAGGAGCGCAGUGUGGAUGGUGAGGGAAAUAUGGAUAACCCCCAGCGUGGAGCUUAGUUUGUUCAGGAGAAUCUGGCAUUUGAGAACCCUGGUUAGAAAACUGGGCGAGAGGCAAACACACGACACCCAAACCGAAGAACACAACAAGGCGCAAGGAGAUGUUGUGGCUCGUUCUCCUUGUCAGUCCUUCAGAACCGGCAGCUCCAUCAUCAUGCUGAUAGCAGUGAAAGCCAGGGCUUCCUACACCCAUGCAGUGUAUUCCCCCCAGAGUUGGCAAAUGCUGCUUUUAAAGACUACCGUGCCCAUGUUCCCCCCAUCCAGCAGAGCCCAUAUCUUGGGGGAACUGUCAUUUCUAAAUGGUGAUCUUAAAAGGGCAAGGGGGGGGAGAAGAACUCCGCUUUCCAUUUUCUGUUCCCGUUUAGGGUGACCCCCUGCAACCAGAGACGGGGCUCCUGCGUUACGACUCGCACCCUAGGUGCGUAAAGGACCAUGUUUUAUUGGAUGUGCGGAAACCACUUCAUUUGCACCACGGCGUUUUCUUCCACGCCUUGGGGAGUGAUCCAGGGACCUUUGGCGGACGAAGCAAGGGCGAUGGGGUUUGUAGUCCCAAACAUCCUAGAGGGUAGCAAGUUGGGCAUUUGACAUCAGCGUUCUGGCUCUAACCGGAGGCCAGGUGGACAUGCCCGGCUGUAAGAUGAUGCCCAAACCCGGCUGUCCGAAACCCCCUGGUUGCCAAUGUGCCGUGUGCCUGCAAAUCAUGAACCCUGCCAGUGGUUCCCAACCUCUGUAUUUUUUUCCCAGAAUGAUGAUGAUUGCCUCUUAGCUCAGAAAUGGACAGGGGAGUGCUGGGGGUGGAGCAGGUGCUCACGAGAGGGGGGGGGAGUUCCACGGGCUGCCUGCUUGAACCGUGUGUCUGUGCCACAAACACGUGUUUAUUUAUUUAUUUAUUUAUUCCCUUAUUUAUUUCAAAAAAACGUUAUUUAUUUGCAGUGGUUUUGCACUUUCCAGGGCUGGGUCGACCCCGUGCCUGUGGGGUCUUUUGUUUUACUUCUAUGUGUAUAUUUAUGGACGUGUCUUAAAUUCGGUUGAGCCCAGCGGGGAGUUUGUGGAGAAUGUUAUUUAUGAUUUUUGUAAGCCGACGGCGAACAAUUAAACCCUUUCCAGGCAGAUGGGAAUGAUCCGACGGAGACAA